AAAGAGGUAGUGCUGAAUUUCCCCAAACUUCUUUGCAGCUUCUAUUUAUUACAGCUGGUGGUCUGUCUUGGUGAGGCAAAGUGUUCCGUUCACAAGCUGGAGACAGGCAUCCAAGGGAAGUCAAUGCCAUGGUUCUGGAGAUUGUGUGGAGACUAUUGUCACCAGUGCAGUGGAGCCUGUGUCUUCUAUCCCUUCUGCUUCCCAUAGUAUCAAUGAUAUGUGCGAUCCGUUCAAAAAGUAGAAAGACUUCCAGGUUGUCAUUGGCUGAAAUGGGACCGAUCUCUGGUGAAAGGCCCCCAGAUUCAACUGAGGCCAAGACCUCAGAACUAAGGAAGAAUAUCAUUGGACCAGCAUCCUCAAAAAGAAAGUCAACCCAGUCCCAAAGAGGGCACAGAGGGUCUUUCCCAGGGCAGAACACCCCAAGGCCGGUGAAGAAGGCUUUGAGGCAGUUGCCUCCCUUACCUGAGCUGGAGAAGAGCAGUGUCCGAAGACACAGCAGCUACACUGGGUCCGUAGUGUAUGACGUUGUCGCCACAGAGGUUUGUAAUCCAUGGCCCACUACAGACAACCAGGCUUCUCAACAACAGACAGCAGACGGCAGCAACCACCUGGAGGAGGUAGAUGAAAAGGGGGAAGUUCCGUUCCCUGUCUAUGCCAAAGUCAACAAAACCAAAGUUUGCUCGAACUCAUCAAGACGUUCACCACUGUAUGCCAAAGUGAACAAGACUAGCUCCCGGACUGUGAAAUCUUAACUACUGUUCUGGGGUGACUGAUAAGUCAACACUGUGACCGAUAUGUCCUCCAAAUGCGAAAUAGUCUACUAUGCUUUAUGCUUAACUCGUUUUGUUCUUUCUUAAAUGUUUAUAUGCGUAUGUGUUUCUUAUGUUGUUUCUCAGGCCCGCAAUGCUACAAAGGCACAGAAAUGACUUCUGUUGUAAUUUACUUGGGUCUCAAGACAAUAAAUGAAGUUUGUUUGCUCUA